AUGGCUUUCGGGAUUCUAGAGCCCAAUAACGGCCAUUUGGCCCCUGGAACAGUGACAUUGAGCCACCAAACAUCCGUCGAAGCACCGCACGAUCUCCCUCUAUUUGGUAAAACCCAUGCUCAAGACCGAGGAAUUGUUCUAGUCCCUGAGCCGUCCGCUUCUCCAAAUGACCCUCUCAACUGGCCUCAAUGGAGAAAAGACCUUAUCCUCUUCAUCAUCAGCCUCCAAUCCGCAGUUGUCGGUGCAUAUGGGCCCAUGCUAGGACCCGGCUUCGUUGAAAUCGCAGGAGACCUCAACAUCUCCGUGAAUGAAAUAUCCCAGGCCACGUCCUACCUCGUCCUUGCAUGCGGAUUGGGCCUCUUCAUCAGUAAUCCACUGGCAAAGUGCUACGGCAAAAGGCCUGUCUAUUUAGGUGCUGGCCUUGUUCUGUUUGCAGCCAGUGUCUGGGGCGCAGCGACGAACAGCUAUGGAUCGUUUCUGGGUAGUCGCUUGGUUGGGGGGUUAGGGAUGGGUCCGUACGAGGUUCUUGUGCAAUGCACCAUUGGCGAUAUGUACUUUGUCCACGAACGAGCCACCCGCCUUGCAUUCUGGGGCUUGUUUCUCACAGCUGGCAUUUCGGCUGGGCCGGUCGUCAGUGGCUAUAUCAUCGAGUAUGCUGGAUAUCGCUGGACAUUCGGCGCCUGUGCUAUCUUCUUUGCGGUGCUGACGGUGGCGUUCUUCUUCCUUGCCCCGGAGACGGCGUUCAUUAGGGCUGCGUGUCCUGAGACUCCUGAGACGACAAGUAUUGCGCACUCGGAGACGAAGAAUCAGCCUAAUGCCGAUAAUGGGCAUGGUAUCGAGAGGAUUGAAUCCAAGUCCCAGCCCCAGCACUCCGGUGAUAGCUACUCGCCUCCUACGCAGACAAAAGACUCCUACUGGCGAUCCCUCCGAGUCUACAGCGGUCGAUACUCAGACGCCUCCCUCCUCAGGGUCGUCUCUCGCCCAUUCAUCCUCUUCCUCUACCCCCCAAUGCUCUGGGCCUUCCUCACCUGGGGCACAACGAUAACAUUCACCAUCGCCUUCGGCUACGUCAACGGGGUCCUCUUCACCGCACCCCCCUACAACAUGUCCACAUCCCAAGUCGGCCUCACCAACAUCUCCCCGCUCAUCCAAGCCAUAAUCGCCCAGACCAUCUCCGGCCCCCUCUGCGACCGCAUCGUCGUCUCCCUCACCCGCCGCAACGCCGGCACCUACGAGCCAGAAUACCGCCUCGUCCUGAUCUCCGCCGGCUUCGUCCUCGGCGCCGCCGGGUUCUUCGGAUACGGCGCAACGGUGCACAACAAGACGCACUGGACGGGGCCUGUCAUCACGUAUGGGCUUGUGAGUGCGUCGUUGGCGUUUGUGUCGACCUGUGUCUUUGGGUAUAUCAUUGAUGCGUAUGGGGAUCUGGGCGAGGAGGCCUUUGUGGCGAUUAAUGCGCGGAAUUUCCUCUCCUUUGGUAUUCUGUAUUUUAUUAAUGAUUGGUUGGCUAAGGAUGGUGUUUUGGAGGUUUUUGUUAUUCUGGGGAGCAUGUUUGUCUUUACGUCGCUUUUGACGGUGCCGCUUUGGAUGUAUGGGAAGAGGAUCAGGGCGAGGAUUCAUCGGAUUGAGUGGUUGAAGGCGUAUAUGAGGGAUUGA